AUGUAUACAAAACUAAGAUCUAUACAAUCAGGAACAUUUAGCACAGUUUAUAAAGCAUGGAGUACUACACAUAACCGCUACGUCGCUUUAAAGAUUACUCCUAAAUACAAAACUUCAGAAGCCAACAUGAAGAACGAGUAUGAUGUAAUGAAGAUUUUGAGUUCUUGUAAUCCUCACCCCAACAUCUGUUCGAUGCUCGACUUUUACACGGAUGACUCGUACUACAUCAUGGUGCUAGAAUACUGCGAAUGUGGUGAUCUUUAUGACUUUCUAGAUAUUGCUAAGAGUCAAGGUAGCCCGUCGUCUCCAUCUUUGAUUCAAAUUGAUAUGCAAAAGAUAAUCAAACAACUGUGCUCAGCAAUCAGCUUUGCUCACAGCUUGGGUAUUGCUCAUCGUGAUAUCAAACCAGAAAAUAUUUUGCUAACGAUAAAUGGUGACAUCAAGUUGGCAGACUGGGGUCACGCUAUCCAAUCCCCUAAAUCUAACGACUUCCAGAUUGGUACCGAUAAUUACAGGGCGCCAGAAACUUUCUCUGGCCGCGUUAGUAACUCUUGUUUUAAGAAGAAUUUCGAUCGGUCAUCGGCUCCAUUGUAUAACACAUACCAAGCUGACUAUUGGUCAUUGGGUGCCACCAUAUUUUAUCUGAUGUUCGGCGAUUGCCUUUUUAGAGUCUCCAAAUCAAAGAAGGUUCAGCAUCUAAAAAAUUUCGAUGAGUUUGAAAAAGAUCCAUUUGCAUUCAUUUACAGGAAAUACGUAGUACCAAGGCUCUCCUGUGGUUACAAUGAUGAAGAAGACCUACACGUUAGCCUGCAGCAUACGAGGCAGUACAUAUGGCAAGAUCUACCCGACAUUUAUGAUGUCUUCCAUUUGUGCAAGAUUAUGGUUGAUACCUUAUUAAAGGUAUCGAACGCUAAAGAGAGGUCGAUGGAGAAUUUCAUCAAUGAAGUUGAUUCUGCAUGGAACAAAGAUAGCUCGAUGGACAGCUGCUUCUCGUACCAAAAUAAGAUUGAUCUGUUUUGGGAACAGUGGUCUGUGAACACGGAAACAGUACCAGCAAAGUUCCAAUUGAAAAAUUUUGAGAAACCUUGCCUAAUUCAAGAUGGAAAAUAA